ACUUGACCUCAGCUAGGUAGAGUUUCUACUCAGUUGCGUUACUAAAACACCUGUAGGCGUUCAAGCAAGGAGUUAAUGUGUGUUUACGGAACACAUUUUAAAACAUUUUAAGACCAGACUCAAGUUUUUUUUUAUUUUUUUUUUACUACUUUUUCUGCGGCAGCGCUGGUUCGCUGAGUAUGGGGCCUCUUACGAGACGGGAUGUGUUUUCAUGGCUGUUGGUGGCCUCUGCUCUCCAGGUGUCGAGUGUGCGGGCCACUUACCUGUGCACCGCGUACCUGAACAUUUCCUACGUCGUUCCAGAAACAAACCAAACCAUCUGGCAACAAGAGGAGAUCGGGUUGUAUGGACAAGAUUCACCCAAAACCUCUGUCGCGGGGAAUGUAUAUUUAGCUGAACCGAUCCACGGCUGUGAGUGGGACACGGUUUAUCGCCGACCGAACGGCUCGAGGGGUUGGAUCGCCUUAAUCCAGCGCGGAAACGGAUGCACCUUCUCCGACAAAAUUAACGUCGCGGCUAUGAACGGAGCUGCCGCUGCUAUCAUUUUCAACGAAUACGGAACAUUCAGAAUCAUUCAAAAUCGGGUCAUUCAGAUGUCUCACCCAGGCACUAGCAUCGUUGCCGUUAUGAUUGGGUACAUCCGUGGGCUGGAGCUGGUUCAGCUGCUGAAGCAAGGCGUGCCUGUUGCCAUAGCAAUAGAGGUCGGGAAGCAGCACGGUCCCUGGAUGAGCCACUAUUCCGUGUUUUUCGUCUCCAUCUGCUUCUUCAUCGUAACCGCGGCAACGGUUGGAUACUUCAUCUUCUACUCCGCACGAAGACUGAACAGCCUCAGACAGCAGAACCGCAAACAGGAAAAACUGAAGGCUGAAGCAAAAAAGGCAAUUGGUCAGCUGCAGGUCCGCACUCUGAGACAGGGGGAUCAGGAGACUGGCCCUGAUGCUGAUACCUGUGCAGUGUGUAUCGAAUUGUACAAACCAGGAGAUGUGUUGUCGAUUCUUACAUGCAAUCAUUUCUUCCAUAAUUCUUGCAUAGAGCCUUGGCUGCUGGAACACAGAACCUGCCCUAUGUGCAAGUGUGAUAUACUUAAAGCACUUGGAGUUGAGAUGGAUGUGGAGGAGCAGCCACAGAUUACAGUGCAUGAUUUCAGAUCUUUUCUACCUCUUAGGACCACAAUGAGACAGUGUCUCACACACAUAGUGAGACGGCAUCCUCUGGCUAUGCAUCCAUGCAUGGACACGAGCAGCUCGGUCCUGCUGAAGAUGUGCAAAAUGGUCUGCGAGACGAGCAGCUGGAGGUACCACCUCAGUAUGAUAAUCUUGCCUUCGAGAGUGACGUUCACAGCCAGAGUGAAAUCAGCACCUAAGCAGCACAGACACUAACACACUGCACUCAUGCAAAUGAGUGGUUUUGAUUUGAGGACUUUUAGUCAUAUUCAAGCACUGCUGAGCCCUUUUCUGAUAAGAUUCUGACUACGUGCCUAUAAAUUCUCUCUCUCUCUCUCACUCUCUCUCUCUGUGUGUGUCUGUCUGUGAUUUCUGGGCCGAUCAUGGUUUAAUUCUCUGUGGUUAAUUCAGGGUAUUGUUAUUGCUGAUUCAGGGUAUAAUUUCCACUUUGGUUGUGUCAGGGUUUGACACUCACAGCCUUCAAAAAAAUCAUGAUGAAAUCAGAUCAGCUGUGGAGAUGCACAGAGAGAGACAGAGUGCUCCAACUGCUGUUCAUCAGUGGACAUGACACACACUGUACUUUCUCCCGUUAUUCAUGGUUUAUUAGACAAUAUAAUUUUCCUGUUUUGAUGGAAAUUUUAAAUUUCAAGAAUGUGCCUUACACAUACCUAUUUAUGAUUGCAGAUAUUUAAUACUCUUUUUGUUGACUUAAAAGGGCUGGAUUGAAAAUGUAUUUAAGUUUUCCUGAUUUAAAUAUUUAAAUAAGGAAUGGAAAUAUUCUUUAUUCUUUGAAUGAAUAGUACUGACAUUAAGAUUUAUAUUUUAAAUAAAAUCUUUUAUGAAAUUCAUAUAUCCAUCUUGUUUGACUUGCAGAUGUUUGAGUGUGAAAACUGUCAGGAAGUUAGGUUACAGUGCUUUGUGUCAUCAACAGUAUAUGGACCUGUGCAUCCUGAAUUGAAGGGGUCCCACUUUAUGCAACCAU